UCGUGCCCAUCCUCGGUUGCAAGUGAAUUCGAGAAAAUGGCUGAUGAUACUCCAAUUUUAUCUCCUGAGCAUUUUGAAGAAGAAGAUGAGAUUGAAGAUGAAACACUUGCAGAAAGAUUUAUGGCAUUGUCCGAAAUGUUUCCUGAUGGUGUAAGAAAUGCUGCAAGCACUGUCUAUGGUACAUCUUUGAAAGGAGCUGGUGCUGCGUACCAUUUUACACGCUCUGCCUUGUGGAUACUUGGAACAUCCGUAGUAAUAUUAGCAUUACCUGUUGUUUUUGAAGUAGAGAGAGUGCAAACAGAAGAGGCACAACUUAUGCAACAAAGACAGAUUCUCCUCGGUCCUGGUGCAUCUGGAGGUGCUCCUGGUUCACUGCCUCCCAUGGGUAUGCAAAGAAGGUAGAUCAAGCAAUGCUAUGUCUGUCUGUUGUUGGGUCACAGCUCUUGGUAUGCAAACAGUUAUUAACAUCAAUGCAUCAGUAUUGUUAUAUCAGAGAGGCGUGGCAGUUAACUAUAAUUUCAACCUGGAAUUUUAUUUUGCAACUUUGCCAUUAUAGAGAUUUGAUAAUUUGUAUAAGUGUUGAGAUUUGGCAUGAAUCUACUGUCUUUUACAA